GUGGCAUCAUUGACGUGAAUUGUUUGCAUUGUCUUUUCUGCCCGUUUCAAAGUGAAAUACAACGGGAGAGAAUUUGCAGUUGCUGUUUUGUUGGCAAUUACUCUAUCACCUCAAUAUCAGAAAUACACAUUCUUCAUCUGACUGCUAGGAGCCAGCAACCCUGUAGCUAAUCACUGAUUCUGCUGCGAAGCCGUGUGUGGAAUAAUCAUUUUCAGGACUUUUCAGCUCGUCAAUGAGGAGACAAGUGUCUUGAGAUGGCGUUGAAAGGUUGGGAACCUGGAACACAAUGUAUAGCUAAGUGUGACCACAAAACCACAAAGAAAGAUGAGCUAUCUUUUCACAAGGGAGAUAUCCUGACAAUUAUUAAGGUUGCCAAUAACAAGGGAUGGUAUAGAGCAAAAAUUAAUAAGACAGACGAAGAAGGUCUGAUAUCCAGAAAUAAUCUACGUGAGCGUGAGGCCAUUCGAGUUGACCCAAACCUCAGUCUGAUGCCAUGGUUCCACGGGAAGAUCAGUGGGGAAGAUGCAGUGAGGGUGCUCCAGCCUACUGAGGAUGGCCUGUUCUUGGUACGAGAAUCCAUUCGACAUCCUGGUGACUAUGUGCUGUGUGUCAGCACAAAAGAGGAAGUCAGUCACUACCGUGUCAUUUACAAAGACAACAAACUAACUAUCGAUGAAGAAAACUAUUUUUUCAACCUUAUUGAACUUAUUGAGCAUUAUAUGAAAGAUGCAUGUGGACUUAUCACCAGAUUAACCAAACCCAAACUUAAGGAAGGCACAAAGUCAGCUGCAGAGGAGCUCUCGAAAACUGGCUGGGUACUUAACAUGCAACAACUAACAUUGGGAGAACAGAUAGGGGAAGGGGAAUUUGGAGGUGGGUGUUUAAUGAAUUCAUUUCUAAUCUUUUAGUUGUUUGUUUGUGAA